AACACUGAAUCGCCAUCACAGAAUUGAGAAUCGGCUUCCCGGCCUAUAGUUGUUCCGUGCCGGACAUCUCUUGGCGAGGCUGUGGUUGUUGAGUGAGUCAAAAGGUCAACCACCCUUUCUCUCUCAACUUUGUUCACAACACUCUCACACAACGACAACAUUCAUGCGACAAAGAAUCAUGAGAUAGGUGGUUGCGGCAAUUGCUGCAACUGCCUAGGUAGGUAUAUAUACCCCUCGUUUUCGGGGUAACCUGCCAAGCUUCAAGAAACACAGACAUCGCCGAGACAACAUCAGAUCCCUUUGCGGAUCUGGUACUUCAAUAUGCCUACAAAGAAGAAAACCAAACCCCUUGCGGUGCAGACACCAAUUCCAGAUCCUCCGACUCCCAAUCCGCCUUCAUUUGGAAGAUCUCAUCGUGGCUUAGAAGAGGAGAUUGCGGACUAUCCAGAAAUCCAACGCAACGAGUUCUUGACUACGAGGGCUAUUUAUCCCGACGAGUUUGAAAGAGUCCGCGGGCGAAAGGAUGCCUGGCAGAGAUACGAAAACCUAGCCUUUCAAGUCAGGAUAGGCCCGCUUGAAAGCCCUGACUAUUUUGCAAAACUAAUCUUUGAGUUUCCACGCGAAUAUCCGAAAGUCAGGCCCAAAAUCAACAUUCUUGACGUUCAGCCAAAGGAUCCGGCCAUAAGAAAGCGCAUUGAACAAAUCACCGCCGAUUAUCCUCGCCAACACCAAGGGAAUGAAUGUGUUUACGAAGUCACCAGCGCCAUAAUGGACUUUCUCACCGAGAUCAACCUUGACAAGGCUGCCAAGAAGAAUGAGUUCAGUCUGGAGGAGGAGCGUGCGGCGAAAGAAGCGCGUACCAAGAAACAGCAAGAAUCUGUUCGGAGACGACAAGAGGAAGAAACCGAAAAGCAGGAACUCCUGUUUGAAUCAAAGGUCGAAAAUGAAAAGCAAAGACGGCUCAAGACAAUCACUCGCAAGAUUACGGGAGAUGAGAAUGCCGACUUUUACGACGCCCCAGAGGAACCAAUCCGAUUUGAUCAAUCGAUGACUUCACGAGACAUUGUCACAUCUACACCUUUCAAAUUCAAAGCCGUGACUGGAAGAUCAGUCAUUCUCAAGCGCCCAGAUAAGAAGGUCUUGAUUGUGGCUCCACGCGUGGACAUCGAUCGAGUGCAGGCUCCUCGAUUCCUGCUUAAGAUGAUAUAUCUCCCCGAAACCAUCGCACCCAAGGCCAAGCUACAAAAGUGCAUGGAGGUUGUUGAACAAGAUCUUGAAUCAUCGAAAGAGCAUCGUCAUCCAAAUGUGGUGGACCUCAUCAACUACAAAAUUGAGCUUAUGGACCUGGGUCAAGAUGUCGGCCAGUGGAACCUUACGAUUCUUUCGGAAUUUGCCGAACAAGGCUCAUUAUCCGAUCUUUUGGAUAUUGUUGGCGCUCUGAGUGCUGCAAGAAUUCGCUCGUGGGCACGCCAGCUGGCUGAUGCCUUGCUGUUUUUCGACCAACAAGGUUACGUUCACCCUGCAGUCCAUGCAGGUAAUGUGAUGUUGUUUCGCUCUGCCAGUGGAGGUGUUACUGUCAAAUUGGCUGAUGGCUAUGGUACGCAACUGCGCGAUCUAGUCCGAGCAGCUCAGAGCCUCUCUGAGCCGUCCGAACAAGAUCUUCCACUUUGGAUCCCCCCUGAAUUGAAUUCAACCCCUCCUCGAAGAUCAAAUAAGACUUGCAUCUGGGACCUUGGAAUCAUUAUUAUGCAGAUGGCCGUUGAGAAGAAUGUGAAAGAAACGUACACCUCCCCAUACCAAGUCAUCGCUGGCUGUGGCUUCGGGACAAACGCGACAAGACUUCUGACUGCAAUGUUCCAAAGCGAGACAGGAAAGCGUCCGACUGCCUUCGAGCUUACUCGAAAGGCAUUCUUCACGGAAGAGCGGGAGCCGAUAUUUCGGAACACGUACCCAGAAACACCUGGCACUCCAAGUCGACGUCGAAGAUACAGUGAUCGAUUUGUUUCUCGAUAUCACAACGACUUUGAGGAAGUCGAACGUAUUGGCAAGGGUGGAUUUGGAAAUGUCUAUCGCGCCAGACUGAAACUUGACGGACAGUUCUACGCUGUCAAAAAGAUCGAAAGCACCUCCGAACGGGAAUUGGAAGGAAUUCUCGCCGAAGUCACGCUACUAGCACGAUUGAAUCAUCCUUAUGUUGUCCGAUAUUACAAUUCUUGGGUUGAGCGAGAGGAUGCAGAAUACAUCGAGGAAUCCCCUCAACCGCGAGUUCCAGAUCGAUCAUUACAGCAAGCUCCGGCGAUAAGUACAGGCCAUGACUUCUUGGAAGUUUCUGUCUAUCGGAACCAAGGUGCUGAAUACAGUAGCAGCGACGACGAUGGAAACAUGUUUGGCUACCAAGAACCUCCAUCGCUUGAUGAGCAAGAAGGCUAUGAAGAUGACAACGAUCCGUUCAAGACUGAUCCAGAGUCCAGUCGUCCAGACGAAGCACAGGCAAAGGAAGAAGAGCCAGAGUCCGAUCCUUUUUCGGUCCGUAUUCCAACAAGUCCGGGUUUUAUGGGUAGCUACGACAACAACCCAUUCGAGAACAGUACCGAAUCUCCUUCGAAUUCAAUCGCCCCGACGCGAUCGCGAACUCCCCUGAGGCAGAAGCAAAAGUCCACCUUGUAUAUUCAGAUGGAGCUCUGUGAGGGCAAAACCCUCUGGAAUCGAAUGAAAGAGGGGCUUUCUCAGGAUGUCCCUGCUGUCUGGAGGCUGUUCCGCCGCAUUGUCGAGGGGCUUGCGUACAUCCACGCACAGAGCAUCGUGCAUCGCGAUCUCAAACCAGAAAACAUCUUCCUGGAUGCUCAUGACAACCCCAAGAUCGGUGACUUUGGACUUGCUACUGCAGGACAAACUGUGUCGAAACCCAAUGUGUCCAAGCCAGGCAUGACCAUCACAGAUUCUUGGGGGGUUGGUACCAAAGGUUACACUGCUCCUGAACUCUUGGAACGUGGCAAGAAAUACGACGCCCGAGCAGAUAUGUAUUCCCUGGGAAUCAUGUUCUUCGAAAUGUGCUAUCCAAUUCCUACACAAUACGAAAAGAACAUCCUGCUUCAAGGUUUGGCCAAACAGCCACCUCAGUUGCCGGCAUUCUUCGAAGAAGAUAUUCACCAAACACAAGGCGAGAUCAUUUCACAACUUGUCAACAUUGACCAACAAUUCAGACCUACCGCGAGGGAAUUGUUAGACAGUGGAAAGAUUCCGGAACCUCUGGAAGAGGAGAAAUUCCAACGCUUCAUAGACCGACUGGCCGAGCAGAAUCCUGAAGAGUACCAAGACCUUAUCGGCAAACUAUUCUCCAAGCCAAAUGAUCCUGUUUCGAGCCUCGCCUGGGAAGAUCGUUCUGGAGAAAGCAUGGUACCUGUUGAUCCAAUGCUGUGGAUAUCAGUCACCGAUCAACUGAAGGUGAUCUUCCGCCGACACGGCGCAAUCGAAGCUCCCAGACAAGGCAUCAUUCCGAAGACCGGAUUCACACCAAAUCCCGCCGUCUUUCUUGACCCUUCGGGCCUCACAGUACAACUCCCGGAAGACUUGACGCUGCCUUUUGCUAGAACACUUGGACAAAUUCCAUGCAAUCUCGCAAAGACCUAUUGCUUUGGUGCUGUCUACCGUGCUACCGUACCUGGCAACCAGCCUCGACAAGUCCCUGAAGUGGACUUUGAUUUUGUCUCACAGAGCGCCAGGGAUCUAUCACUCAAGGAAGCCGAGGUCAUCAAAGUCAUGGACGAAAUUCUUCACGAAUUCCCGGCACUCGCGGCUCGAGAAUGGACAAUCUAUCUCACCCACGCAGACUUGAUUGACAUUGUUCUAGACUUUUGUCGCAUCAAAUCCCACGACGUCCCACAAGUCAAGCAGGCUCUUUCUUAUCUAUCCACGGGUGACGGCAAAUGGGAAAAGGUACGCGAGAGACUUCGAAGCACGGCGAUCAACAUCGCAGAGACCUCUGUGACGGACCUCUCGAAAUUCAAUGUCGUCGGUGACGUGGAACGAGUCCGGACCAAAUUUUCACAGUUGUUCGGCCAGGGAGACCACUUGAACAAGGCCUUGUCACUUUUUGCGCGACUCGACGAGCUCGUCCACGUCCUUCGACAAAUGUCCAUACAGACACAAGUCCUCGUCGCCCCCCUCCGCAACAACGCCGAACACCUCUACCGAGGCAGCGUGCUCUUCCAGUGCAUGGAAAAGAGUCACCGGAAACUCCUCGCCGUCGGUGGCCGCUACGACUCCCUCAUCCAAGAGUUCCAGACCAAAUCCGACAAAGGGUCGACUCGCGCCGUGGGCUUCCGCCUCAACAUCCUGGACCUCCUCGCGUACGUCCGAGGACAGUCAAAGGCGCAACAGCAACAACAUCACCACAAGACCGGCAGGUACGCCGGCGGCGGCGCCGGCGGCGGUGGUGGUGCCGAGACCAAGACGGUGCCCCGAUACGGUGACGUCUUGGUCACCAGUUUCGACCCAAAUACCCUCAAGAGUGUGUGCGUCGAGGUCGUUUCUUCCUUGUGGGCCGCCGGCCUCAGCGCCGAGUUGUCGGAGGAGUUUCGCUCCCUGGAGGAGCUGGAGAGGGCGUACCGCGUCGAGGGCGCCAACUACUGGUUGGUCAUUGUCAGGGGGGGCGCCGACCGCGGCAUGAAGGUGCGCAGUCCCACCCGCGCCGAACACGAGGUCAAACUGGCCGAGUUGGUGGGCUUCUUGCGCCUGAACAUGGCCAAGAACAAGUAGUUUUGUUUUUCGCUUUUGCUUCCUUGGACAAUGAGGGAGGUGUCCGUUCUGUUGAGUUUUCAUAGCCCGCCUGUACAAUUUUGACC